AGCGGCCACCCAAGCGGGGCGAGAGGCUGCCGCGCAAUAGCCCUGAGUCGUUAAAGCGACUGCGUGAAGGAAGGACCUCGGCCAGUGACGUCAUAGGGAAGCCGCCGCGCUGAGAAAGCGGAAGUGCCGCUGCUGCCGCCGCCGCACCGUGGGAGACAGAAAAACCAUCGAUGAAAAGCUCCUACGACUUCCUUCUGCCUAGGGUGACUGCAGGUCCCGGGUUGGCUGGGGGCAGCCCCAGGCUUCGGAGGCUGUCUCGGCACAGUGGCCGCUGGAGAAAAUUCAAGCAGAAGUCCCAGACCGAGCUCCCAAAGCAAGAAGAUGCCUAAAGUAAAGAGAAGCAGGAAGCCUCCUCCAGACGGCUGGGAACUGAUUGAGCCAACACUGGAUGAGCUGGAUCAAAAGAUGAGAGAAGCGGAGACAGAGCCUCAUGAAGGAAAGAGGAAGGUGGAAUCCCUGUGGCCCAUCUUCAGAAUUCACCAUCAGAAAACUCGUUAUAUCUUUGACCUUUUCUAUAAGAGGAAAGCUAUUAGCAGAGAGCUGUACGAGUACUGCAUCAGAGAAGGAUAUGCUGACAAAAACCUGAUUGCAAAGUGGAAGAAGCAGGGCUAUGAGAACCUCUGCUGCCUGCGUUGCAUUCAGACCCGGGAUACCAACUUUGGAACGAACUGCAUCUGCAGGGUCCCAAAAAGCAAGCUGGAAGUGGGGAGAAUCAUAGAGUGCACCCACUGUGGAUGCAGAGGUUGCUCUGGGUGAGAAGUCUUUAAAUACUGGACACUGCUUUUGAGUAUCAAUUCUACACCUUGGACUGUUGCAGCUAAAUUUGUCUUCUGUAAGCCCUGCAGUGAGUGGACCUUUCCAGAUAGCAGUUGGAACAGCAAUGCAUUCACCUGGAUCUGUAAACUCAGUAGUGAGCUGUCUUUGAUUAGUUGUGUGUAACCAUCUAAUUUUUAAAAUAAAAUAAGAACUGUGUACAACUCUUGUCACAGUCUUGUGAUA